AUCAGCUCCUGACGGUUGUUCAUCUCCUAUGUCUGAUAUGCCUUAGGUUUCUCUUAGCAGCAUGCAUGCACAGUUGCUAGCUUUAGAAGCACGCAACAAGAGAUUAGAAGAAAGCAACAUAAGAUUAGAAGCAAGCAACAACAAAUUGGAGGAAAACAACAAGGUUGUCGUUUAUGAAUUAUCUUCAUUGAAGAGUGAUGUUCAGGAAGGCUUUUUGAAGCUUUAUAAUCAAUUUAGUUACCAUUUUUUAGGGAAACAUGUAUGUAUUGUUUUAUGGAUCUUUUUUGAACUUUUUGUGCUUUGUCCUAUUAUUAUUUAUUGUUCCUUAUUUUUUUUUAUUUUUGUUUUGUAUUUUUAUUGUUUAAUAGGAUUCUCAUGGUAGUGAUGAUAGUUGUCUUAAUGAGACAAGAACCAAGAGACGACAUGAAGAAAAGAUUGUUGAGUUGAACAGUGUUGAAGAAAAUGAUAUUGAGGAGGAGGGCAAUACCAACAUUGUUGAUGAUGAAAUGGUUGAAAAUAAUUCGAAAGAAGAAGAUGAAUAAGAGGAGGAUGAGUUUGAAGAGGAAGAGGAAGAAGAGGUGCACCAAUCUGAUGAAGAUAAGGAUGAAAGUGAGGGUGAUGAUGAUGAUGAUGAUAAUGAAGACAAUGAAAAGUGUGUUGGAGAAGACAAUGAUGGUAAAGAAGAAGAGAAAGAUGAUAAUGAUGAAAAAUAAAGUGGAGGAAAGAAGGAUGAAGAUUCUAAGGUUGAUGAUUGUCAUGAUAUUUGUAAAGUUCCAUCUCAAGUUGCCCAGGUUGCUAAAGUUGAUGGAGUUGUUGGUGAGGUUGUUGAUGUUGUGUUAA